GCUACUCCUGCUGCUCGCUGCCAUAUUUGGGCUUUGUGGCCUCAGCCUGGGAUACAUCGCUGAGCAGCAAGAGAGCCUCUGCUUCGCCCGGCGUGUCCUGAGGGGGGUGUUGCUUGCUAUCUGCAACACAUGCCUCGUGUUUCAUGGUCUGCGACUGCGCCGGUUGGGACAAGGUGCUCAUAGCCCCAGCACAGGUCAACUGAUGGGGCUGGCGGUGGCCUUGGCCGUGUUGGAUCCGGAGUGGAUCCUUCUAGCCACGAUGUUCACGUGCCAGCCAGCCUGUGAAUACCAGCCGCUGGACUUUGCGCUGGCCACCACGUAUGUGCUGGUCCUGCUCCUGGCAGCACUGGUGGGGGCGGCCUGCAGUCUGUGGAGGCAGCAGCCACGGUGGAGGUGCAGGACCGCGUGGCUGCUCAUCACCUGCCUGGCCUCAGUCCUGCUGUGGGUGGCCUGGAUCACCUUCUGCCUGUAUGGCAACGCGGCGCUUGGCCUGCCCCCAACAUGGGACAACCGGGUACAGGCAGUGGUGCUGCUGGCACAGGCAUGGCUGCUCAUACUGCUGCACGCUGCUCCUGAGGUCCACGCCACCUUACGGCCCCCGUCCCGCAUGAGAGAGGCCAGUUUAGAGGAGGGCCUCUCUCACGUGUAGUUUGGAGCAAACCAGGGCUUCAUGUUCAGUGACAACAACUCAGGUGUCCUCCCCAGCCCCCAGGAAACAUUACAUUUUAAAUAAAUAAUAUAUAUAUCA